GAGGGAACGAGGAGGGGUGAGAGACAAAUUAAUCUUGGGCCACAGCGGUGGCAGAACGCGAGACAGUAAAGCGUUGCAGUGAAGAUUUUAUUUUGCUCGUUCGCCUCAAACGGGCGGCAGAGAGACGGAAUGGAUCUACCUGCCGUCGGGGAGCAUGUCUUCGCGGUGGAGGGCAUCGAAAAGAAGCGCCUACGGAAGGGCAGAAUCGAGUAUCUGGUGAAGUGGCGAGGAUGGUCAGCCAAAUAUAACACAUGGGAACCCGAAGAAAACAUUCUGGAUCCGCGCCUUCUUGUCGCUUUCCAAAACAGAGAAAGGCAGGAGCAAAUGGUGGGAUAUCGAAAAAGAGGGCCUAAACCCAAACACCCCCUGGUCCAGCUUCCUGCGUUUGCUCGUAGAUCAAGCAUCCUGGGUGGUCUGCAGGACACAUCACUGGAUGAGGAGAACCAGCCCAAAGUGGAUUCCCUCCAGAUCCGCUCACGGCCGCAGCACUACCAGCUGAACAGUAAAAAACACCAUCAGUACCAGCCCAGCUGCAAGGAGAUAUCCUUAGAACAGCAUUUGAGUGGGAAAAAGAAACACUUCUACCAGCUAAACAGCAAGAAACAUCAUCACUACCAGCCGGACCCCAAGAUGUAUGACACGCCACUCACGGGACCCAAAGAGGUCAAGGGUCAAGACCCUUCCAACAAAGGCUGGAACCUCCCUCCAGCCUUGCAACAGAAGUGGAUUCGGAACAAAGACACUGGCUGCCUGAGUAAAGUGAAAGAUCUGUCUAUCGAGCUCAAGGGUCUGCCGGAUGAUGCUAGCAGAGCGGAGCGGGCACUCAAAACCAGUCCCAAAGAGUUUGCACUUCCUAAUGGCAUCAGCAGCAAGAUGAAAAUAAUCAAGAACAAAAACAAAAACGGCCGAAUCGUCAUUGUAAUGAGCAAAUACAUGGACAAAGGUGUGCAUUCCUCCAAAGUAAAAAACAGGGAUGUUUCUGACGUGGAAGCGCCACAUAAUGAGGAAUCUACACUGAUUAAUACGGACCAUCUGUCUGAUGGGGAAACGGCAGAUCAAGGAGGAGGCAAUGAGAAUGGUUCUAUAGAGAAAAAUAGGAAUCUUUCUUCAGCUAGUGAAUGUAUUCCCGAAAAGUCCCUCGAAAACAUUGAACUUCCAAAAGACACGCCUACAGAGACUGAACCAAAAGUGAUGGAUAUAUGCGACCAGCCAAACUCCUCACCCAUGGCAGCAGAGAAAGCUGCCCCGUCGAACACUGACACCAGAACGAAUCCCCUUAAGAGGAACCUGUCCGAACCCAGUGAGGACGUGAGAAACCGUAAGCAGUUCUUCUGCUACAGGAGCAUCAGUGCACCAAACACCAUGCUUUCUUCCCCUCAGAGAGAACCCAUAAACCUGCAUUGCAGAGGCAGCCACGUCGCCAGAACGUAUAGUUAUGACUUCAGCGACACCGUUCCUGAAGAGCCUAUUGAUUUAAGCUGUGGUCCAACCAAAACGCUAAAACAGUUUCCUACCGGGGAGAAGGUUUCAGAAAGCUCAGUGCAAGUGGAGAAAACAGAUAGCCAUUUGAAACCGUUUGUGGGUAACGUUAUAAUCACAGACAUCACUACGAACUGCGUAACUGUGACCUUUAAGGAGUACGUGCAAGGAGAAUGACGACAGUGCGUUGGACUGUCAUUUGUUCAUUUGAACCAGCUCAAAGAUGAUUCGUUUCAGAUGCACUGAUCAUAGCCAUUCCUGAAGAUCUAUUUACACAUUUAUUUAAACACAUAAUCCAUAUAUAGAAACACCAUAGGGUUUGUUUGUUUAGAUACCGGUUGUAUGUUUUUUAACACAUUAAAUUGAGAUGGUUGGCAUUUCCCAGCUGUUGAAAUAGAAUUUAAAAUCCCAUACCUGUAUAGUGUGUACAAUUGUUUAUAAAGCUUUGGAUAAUGGAUUUUGCUACCUGAGAAAAAUAUCUGCCAAUUGGAGUAAGCACACUGGUGGAUUUGGAAGAAUUCAUUGAAGAUUGAUGUUUAAAUGCACUUACUUACACCUUUCAAUGUUCAUGUCCAUCGUGGACCAUGUUUUUUUUUUUUUCUUCCUUCCAAUGUUGGGGAUUUAAGAAUUUUUUUCCAGAUAAUUGAGAUCUAUACAUUUUGAGUUGCUUGGAAAGGUGUCAUCAUAAUGUACAUGAAUGUACCUUAAAAAAAGUAUUUUUGGACAUUAGCGUAACUGAUUUUGUUUCGCUCAAACAUUUUACUUGACUGGAUUUCCAGAUGCUGUUGACCUGUGAGGUGCAAUGCUAUAAAAAACAACUGGAUUGUUUGUUGUUUCCUAUCCGUAAGACGUUUAAGCUGCACUUUAUCAUCUCCUGGAUCUCUUUUGGUAAUUAAUUCAAUAAUAAUAAUAAAUCCUUAAUGCAGAUCAAUUCUGUAACAGCAGUAUAACUAUGGCCAGAGAUCAUCAGAACAUGCAAACUGUUACAUAUGACCAGAAAGUAAAUGUAAGAUUUAUGCUUACAUUGGACAGUGUAGUGCUAUAGAUUUUGUAUGUAUUGGAAUCAAUUUACAGUCAAUGCAAUGUACGCAAUGAGACGUACAGUAUGUAAUGUACAAAUCACACAAUAAUGCCAUCAAGGUUCAGGCCAUUUAUAUGCAUAAAGGCAUGUUUUAUGCACACAUUGAAGAGUCAGUUUGAAAAUGCUUCUCAAAUCAAUAUUAACUCUGUUAAAUAAUAAAAACGAAUGAUUUGUUUUACAA